AUAAGCUACAUCAAGCUCAGGUCGCGGAGUUUUUUCGCGAUUGUACAAUAUAGCCGUCGUAUUGGCCUUUGUGUGAUUUUGGACCUCUGGAAGAAGGUCGCAGCACUGUUUGUCGCGAGGGUGUGUAGAAAACGGCAUUUGAAGCAGUGCACUUUUUACAUGGUGGAAAAAUAGAGUGGCUUGCGGAACAUGUCGUCGCCUUUGGGUUUCUGUGCGGAUCUGUGCUGGCCUCUCCCCUUUACUACUUCCGUGGUAUGGUGCGAAUGGUGAAAAAUGUAGUGUCUGUUUACUCUGCAGUCUUCGUCGUGGUCUUCGCUCCCGGUACCACCGUCCCCUAGGCCUUAUCGCUUUUUUUUAAAGGUCCGGUUGGUGUCGGGACGAAUCGCAGUGCGGCGAUUCUUGUGCUGUCUGCUGCUACUCCCUUUCCGUGUUCUCCUUUCCUUUCGCUACUGCUUGUGCUGUGCGGUGUCGUAGUUCGUCGGCCUCGUUCAUACCAUUCCAUACCGUUGCCACGAGCACGCGCGACAGCAAUCUUCUAGGCGACAGUGUGUGUGAGCGAGAAAGCGCUGCGAUGUGAGCAGCGCACUAGCAAUAAUACUAAAAACAGCAGCAACAGCAGUGCGAUAGUGCCAGCGACUUCGAACCGAAAAGGGUGCGAAGUGCGACAAAACGCUAGCGCAGGGGCCUUUUCCGUUGACCGGAGCAAGCGAGAGACGUAGAGAAAAAGUGUGUGUGUGUUGCCGGGAUGAGUUUGUACGUGUGCUUGGUUCGUGUGUUCAAUGGAAAUUGACAAUUUGUGGGAAGGCAGCAAAUGUGAAAAGAAAAUCUAUGGUCUGCACCAGUGAGGUGCAAUUUCCUUCGCCGACAGUUCAUCUCUGCGCAAAAUGAAUGCGGAUUCCAAUUUUCACGGAAAGCUGCUUGCUGUCACAUGCUAAACGCCCUGGCUGGUGAAUCUUUUGUAAAAAAAAGCGUUUGCCUUAUUUGGGGUCUGCUUUGCUCUGUUUGGUGUCGGAGUGUUUGUGUGUGUGUGUUUGUAUGUGUAACCAAAAAAACGAAGGUGCGAUAGUGCACACUGUCGUUGGUGUUGGCUAUUUUCGGCCAUUCUAGUUUGAUGCGCGUGCAAGUAUUUGUGCAGUGUGUCUGAUGUAAGUGCGAGCGUGCGUGCGUGCGUCUUCCGUGCUUUGCGUGUUUUCACGCCCUUCUAGAAUACGCCGGUAUGUUGUUUCGGGCCAUUCGUCAUCAUCAUCAAAGCAAUCUUGUUUUCUUCGCAAUGUGCGUUUGUAGUGCGAUAAUGUGAUCAGUGUUGUUUGAUAACGAUCAAUUUUCCGUGUUUCCACGAAAAAUUCCAAUCUGUAUCUGUAGUGCUGUUACAAAAAGGCAAAUCGAAAUCAAAAUACGGCGAAUUUAUAGGUGUUGCUGAAUUCAUAUUGCUGCAAGUUACAGUUAGUAGGCGUAAUCGUGCAUUAAUUAGAUUCUUCCAUUGUGCCAGCUGAUACGUGUUAACUCAAUGUGCAAAAACAUACAAGCAAAGGCCUGAAGCGUGUAGAAACGGGCCUACGAGUUACAAUUGGUUUACAGACUGGGUAAAACAUUCGGCAGCACAAAAUGUCAACAUCGUCAGAAAGAGUGGAGUGGGUGGAAAUCAUCGAGCCCCGAACAAAGGAACAUAUGUAUGCGAAUUUGACCACAGGCGAAUGUGUAUGGGAUCCUCCCGAGGGUGUCACCAUUAAACGAACAGAUGCUUCUCAAUGGUGGGAGCUGUUCGACACAAACACCUGUCGAUUUUACUACUACAAUGUUGCCUCACAGAAAACCGUAUGGCAUCGGCCACAGAACUGUGAUAUUAUUCCUCUGGCCAAGUUGCAAACCCUGAAGCAAAACACCGAUCCGACCGAUCGGAAAGAUGCGACGCUACCGCAUCAUCACCAUCAUCACCACCACCAUGGUACAGGGAGUGGUGGCAGCACAGGUGGAAGCAUUGGUGGUCUCGGUGCACUGGGAGGUGCAUCCAAGUUGGGCGGCAGUGGUACGGUAGGAAAAUCUUGCGGCCAUCGAACGGCAACGGGUGUUACGGAUUAUCGCGAUCGAGACCAUCACCAUCGUAGCUCCAGCUCUGGUCACCGCCGUGGUGGCGGUGGCGGAUUAGAUCAACGUAGCAACAGCGAGCUUCUGGCCAGUCCGCAAGGAAGACACAGUCUGCAGCAUAGACACGGGCACCAGUCGAGUGGUGGCGCAGGAACCGGUGGCAUCUCCGUACCAUCCUCUGGAUCGGUUCGUGGAAGUCAGCGCUAUCCGGCCAGCUAUCAACAUGGCCAUCUUCAUGCGGCGCAGCAACACCAUCAGCGUUUCCAUCACCAUCAUCAUCCGGACAGCUCACUCAAAUCCUCCGAGGGUAGCCUGUCCGGUAGUUACCGACGACUGCACGGUGGUGUUGCAGGCAGCGUUCCUGAUGCCGUGAACAGUCUGCUUCGCUACGGCAGCGGUUCCAGUGGUUAUGCGACGAAUGGCCAUAGCAGCGGUGGAGGCAGUGGCACGGGUAGUAGAAAACACAAUCCUGACAGUAGUAGCGGUUACCGUAUGCUACAGGAAAGUUCCAGUUCACACAACAUUCCACACUCGGUGGUAGUCCCUUCGCCUUCCGCAUCAACGGCAGCUGUGUCUGCAGUAAGUAGCAGCGAAAAGCUAGCUCUUGGACCAUUGCAUCACUCAUCAGCACUGCCCCCACCUCACCAAAUGCUAUCGUACUCGAUCUCGAAUUCAUCGGAUCUUGCUGCUGCUGGGAGUCUAUCGUCACCGUCACACUCGCUGAGCACGCCGCAGUUCAAGAAGAAAUUCAUCCAUGACGGUGGUGUAGGAGGCUCCUCGUCUAAAUCGUCCUCGAAGGAUGGUAACCUUGUCGGGGGGAUGGUAUCCAAGCACGAAAGCUUCGAUUACGGUGGCAAUCCUAAUGCAUCUUCAAUCUCACUUACAAGAUCUGGAAGUUUUCUGUCCUCUGCAGGAAUAACUAGCGGUGUGGGUGGGGCUAUUGGUACUCCCCUUUCCUCUCGGCCGUAUGGCCCGUCGGGAAGCGGAGGAAGCCAUCAUUCUUCCAGUGGUUCUCACCGAAAGGGUAGCUUUGAUGGAAAUGGUGGAAGUGGCAGUGCGGGAGCAGGAGGAGGAGGCACUGGUGGCAAUGCUGGUGGUGGUGGAGCCACUGGAGGCGGAGGAGGAAGCGAUGAUUCGAUGCAUGAAAAAUACUUUAAAUCUGUUGAAAAUACACCGAUUACGCGAAGGCGUCACACAACGUCCUCUAAAUCGCCCUUGCAGCAACAAAAGCAAUCAAGCGAUUCUAGUCCCCAAAGUCCAAUUAGUCCACAGCAACAACAGCAGCAGCAACAACAAGGAAAAGUGCAACGGCCGUCAGCUUUGUCGGUGGAGUUAUCUUCCGGUAGCAGUUACCAAAACAACGGCAGCAACAAAUCUAGUCAUAAAAAUAGCAAUAUCAACAGCAGCAACACCACAGGUGAUCAUCCCAGCGAAUUGCUAUACAACGUCGAUGGUGUGACAGGAAAAGCGGAUAAAUAUCUCGAUAAAAUGAAGCACGAUCGUGCCGGUAAAAUAUCACCCGGUGCAUUGUCAAUGGGCGGGAAACAAUCUCCUUAUCCGCCCAACAUUCCAGCAUCCUCUUCCUCUAGUCAUCCUAUGGAGCAAACGAGCGGCGGCAGUACCGCCAAGGGCAGCGGUGGUAAGGAUCAGUUUUCAUUGAACCUGAAUCAAUCCAACCUUGACCGACACAAUCGAGCGCACGAUCAACAACAAACGCUGGAGAAAAAGUCGUCGGGAUCAACGCAUACCGUUGCCUCGAACAAUUCAUCUACGCACAAUGCGAAGCAUGGAAAGAAGGCUAAAAAUUACAGCAAUCACAAUACCGCUGGAGGAACCGGAUUCGAUUUCGAUUACGACAACGGCAAUACCUCGCCUCUGUACUGCAACUGGGACAAGGAAAUGCAGGAACAUUUGCUCCCUUUGCAACACUACAUUUUAGAACAGGCGAAACUGUCGGGUUCUUAUGGAUUAGGGGAUUUGGACUCUGAUUCAUUUCACUCCGACAGUCAAUCAGAGCAUUCUUUCUCGGGGCACGAGCCGGAUAAUGAAGAUUCCGAUCAUUCUGAUGGCCAUGGCGACUAUUUGGCACAUUAUCCUUACGAAGAAUACGGUGCCCGUCAUGCCCAGGAUGGUGGCGUGUCAUACUACAACUUUGAAUUCAAUUUUGGCGACCGGGACGAAAAGGAAGACAUAUCCGAAGAAGUUACGGCAAAGUUAGAGAGCAUGCCUGAUCAAAUAUACAGUCCAGUCAAGAACCAUCCUCCAUUGCACAAAUUCCCGUCACCUGCAUUUCAGGGUGGCAGACAGGGACUUGAAAUGACUGGCAGCAUGCUGCCAGAUGCUGUUGAUCGUGGUCCACCCACGGUCCCGAUGGGCAGUGGAAAUGGAACAUUUGGGUCUAAAACUUCUUACCUACAGCAGAUGGCUGCCGCAGCUGGACAGCAUCAACAGCAGCAAUUGAGUGGGGGAAUGCAACCAUCUCAACAACAGCCACAACACAAACUCAAUAAAGCCACACUGUUGCAGCGAUUCCAGGAAAAUCUAACACUAGCUACUUCCGGACCGGGAGCAGGCAGUAAUGGGAAGAUAGCAGAAAUGGCGUUGCUGAAGGAGUGUGAUAUCGAGAAAUUCGCGCAGGAUAAUCUCAAUCUACAUUCGAAGGGCAUUUUCCGCAAAAAAUCCUCUGUAAGAGACAUGCUCAGUUGGACAUCGAACGCGAUAAGCCGUCCGAUGCUUUCGCUAGCCAGAGACAAGGCGGGCAAAAAGAUGGCCACGGAUCUGUUCAAAUUGGUGCAGAUAUACAUGGGCGAUAGAAAAGCACGCAUUGGGAUGAGCUUGAAUUCGGUAGCAAUAGACAUCGUAACAAUGGCGAUGGGUCAGGCACAGUUGCGCGACGAACUGUACAUCCAGAUGUGUCGCCAAACAACAGAAAAUCCGAGUCGUGAUUCAUUGAUCCGAGGAUGGGAGCUAAUGGCGAUUUGCCUGUCGUUUGUACCACCAUCCCCUACGUUCCAGCCAGCUUUGCUGGGUUAUAUCAACCGACACCGGGAUCCUUCUUUUGCGACCACUUUCCCAGAGGUUGGCAAAUGGCCAAUACACGUUCAAAUUUCUCACUACGCUACGAUAGCGUGUCGUCGGUUGGAUCGUAUUGGCAGCUCGGGUAGGAAGCAGGCCAAACGGCCAUCGGAAGAUGAGAUCAAUCAAGCGCGCGAGCAAAUUUUCCGCGAUAGCAUGUUUGGUAAUACGCUUAGUGAGGUAAUGGAAUUGCAGAAGGAGCGAUUCCCAGAUCGUCAGCUUCCCUGGAUACAGACAACGCUUUCCGAACAAGUUUUACUAUUGAACGGGAAGCAAACCGAAGGCAUUUUUCGAGUACCGGCUGAUGUUGACGAAGUUAACAUAUUGAAAAAUCUCAUCGAUCGCUGGGAAUUUCCCGAAAAUAAGGGAACGAUGGAUGCCCAUGCUCCUGCCAGCUUGUUGAAGUUGUGGUAUCGUGAAUUGUACGAUCCACUGAUUCCAGAUGAGCUUUACGAUGAAUGUGUUCAAACGGAAGAUCCUGUUGAAGCGGCCGCUAUAGUAGAAAAGUUACCAAAAAUCAAUAGAUUGGUUCUCACUUAUUUGAUCCAUUUCUUGCAACAAUUUUCCUUACCUGACGUUGUUGCUAACACAAAGAUGGAUUCAUCCAACCUGGCGAUGGUAUUUGCACCGAAUUUGCUACGUUGCCAAUCGCAAGAUCCGAAAGUAAUUCUAGAAAAUGCCCGUAAAGAGAUGACGUUUAUGCGCACUCUGAUACAGCAUAUGGACACAUCCAGUGUGACAUAUUUGGUGUAAAGUGAAAACUAGCACGGGCAUGUAAUAUCAUGGAGAAAAUAGUUUGUACAAUCGAGUUGAAAGUAUCCCAAAUCAAAAUAAAUACGAACAGGACAGGCAGGUACCUAUUUCAUUCGCUGUUGCUAUUGCUGGGAUUUAUAGUAGAUUUGCUGGUAGAAUAGAUUUGCAGACAGGCUAUAUCACGGGUUCGUAAGCGGCUCUGUCAAUGCGCAUGGAACAGUUCCACAUCGCAACACUGGCAAUGUUUUACUAGUAGAAAGUUACGCAAAAGAGAAGAUCACUCUUGAUAAAACAUAUUAUCAAUUUGAGAGUAUAAAACCAUAUUUUGCUGCAACUUUUUUCGGUAGCACACCGCAAAAAAGCGGUGCACACAACUAUUUGUGUACUGUUUAUGAACCCUACAAUGAAAACUACUAUUAACACAGAUUAGCCAAUGAUCAACACACGCACUGUUGUGAUCGGAGCACGAAUGAAAGGAAAGUAAGACACAAAAAUUACCAUACAACUAAAAACACAUGUUUUGCACUGCUGCUAUUCUUCGUACAAUUAAAAAAGAAGAGUCGAUUAAAGUCGCUUUUGGGUAUGGCAAAUCAUUGCAUCACUUACAGGAUGGCGUUAAAUUGUAAAACGAAUAAAAUAAUACAGUUUCACAUUAAGUAAGCAUCUUAAACAUCACAGAUAGCACACACAUACAUUCAUAUUACAAAGAAACAACUUUAAACAUCCAUAAGUUUGCAGAAAUUAUAGCUGAUGCAUACACGAACUGAACCACUAUUCAGAAUAUACAACUUAUGGCAACAUGAGCAACUAAUAGUAAUAGCUUAACAAACAAGCAUAAUAUCGAAGAAUACUGUGAAAACUCGUACUUUCAUACUAAAAGAUACAAAUAAAAACUGUUGGACGGAGUUAGCAGUGAGCAGACGUUUACAAUAUAGCUGGAAGAAUAGCUUAGAAGAAUAAAUUACUUCCAAAAACAAAGCAUUGCAGAAAGCACAAAUUACAAAACAGAUCACAAGAAGAACUGAUCAGAAAACAGUACUAAAGUAAUGGAUUCUGCCAAACAAAAUCAUUGGCUUAAUGAGGAUCUCGCAUGAUUGUAACAAUCGAACAAGAUACUAGUUUGCGAAACAAAAGAGUAUGUCAAGUCCAUGCUCUAGAAAAGAGAUUUCCAAGUUAUAACCUUAUCCUUUGCCGAAAAUAAUAUGAAGAUUUCAAACGACGUAGCUAGGGUUUCAGCAACAAUUUCCAUCUUGUCAUAGUUGUUAAUGUGUUUCAUUAGGUUCUAGAAUGUCCGCGCGUGUCGGUAAUCAUGUUUAUGUGCAUCUUAUUUACCGCUAAUGUCUGAUCGAUAGUCGUCCUAUUCACUUGAUAAUCUUAGGAGCUAGCGAUUGUUUUAUACCAAAAUUAAUUAUACUUCGGAACAGGCAGCUGCUAGUUGUUUACGUUCUCUUGCUCUCUUGUUUGUAUUAAAGGAGUUCUGUAGAUAUAUUUUUAUACUGUGUUUGUUCGAAACCAUCGAUUUUUAAGAAUGAUUUAAGGUAUAUAAUUUAAGCACCAUGUCAUUGUGUGUAUGAGAAUGAA